GUACUCCUCCUGACAGAGGUAAACGACGCUCUUGAGCCCGAGCUUGGCGAGGAAGUCAAAGUUCUUCUUGACAACAAGGCGCUCGUGAUCGACCCCUCCUUGUCCGGACCCCUUGGCCGAGUCCUCGACCUCAACCUGCUGAAGCAGCACGGGGUGGAGAAGACGAUGCACCUCCGUACGGGUCCGCUGGGCAUCUCGCAAUGCAGAAUCAUCUACAUCGUGCGCGCCAACCUGCCCAACAUGAAGAUGAUCGCCGAGCAGAUCCGGCACCUGAUGCAGGACGUGCGCAGGUUCGAGUACAGAGUCUGCAUGUUCCCAAGGAAGACCACCAUGUGUGAGCGGGUGCUGGAGGAGGAAGGAGUCUUCGACGACAUCUCCCUCACCGACUUCGACCUUGGCUUCAUCCCCAUCGACGAUAACCUCAUCUCUCUGGAGAUGAGCGACGCCUUCCGGGAGCUCAAGCUCCACCAGGACAUGACCAACCUCUUCGACGCCGCCAAGGCGAUCAUGCAGCUGCAAGUGCUCUGCGGCAUCAUCCCUGUGAUCAAGGGCAAGGGAGAGAACGCUAAGGUGGUGGCGGACAUGCUGAUAAAACUGAGGGAGGAGGUGGGACGAGAGGACGAGGUGGUCGAAUCAGAGCUCACGAUCGACGAGCUCAUCCUCGUGGACCGCGAGCUGGACCUGGUGACGCCCAUGCUCACUCCUCUCUCCUACGAGGGGCUCAUCGACGAAAGCUCGUGCCGGGAGCAGGCAACCAGUGGAACCAGCGGGACAACGAACAAGCUCGAGUGA